CGUGAGUGCGGGGCCGGCUGUGGGUGAUGCAAUGGCAGUGACAGAGGAGCGGUGAGGGGCGCCGGGUCGGGCCGGUGAGGGUCGGGCGGGGGACGGGGCUUCGUUCUCCUUGUUGUUGCUGCUGUUUUGAAUCUACAAGCCAAAGAAUUAGAAGACGUUAAAUUUAGUUGAAUUGUAAAUAAACAGGUAUUUUGCAGUCUGGCAAGAUGGCUGACAGUCCAAACUGUGAUUUGAAAUCUCUGAGUCCGCUUCAGCUGUUUGAAAGAGUAACUGAACAAGGAGAGAAAGUCAGAGCACUGAAAGCAGGAAGAGCACAGAAGGAUGAAAUUGAAGCAGCAGUGAGGAUGCUGUUAUCAUUAAAACUGUCAUAUAAAACAACAACGGGACAAGAUUAUCAGGCAGGCUUGCCUCCAAGAGAUCUAGUAUUAAUAAACAAUGGUACAACUAAAGAAGAGGAUGAGGAUUUUGUGGACCCCUGGACUGUGCAGACAUCGAAUGCUAAAGGCGUGGAUUAUGACAAACUCAUAGUUCGGUUUGGCAGCAGUAAAAUUGACACAGACCUGAUCAAUCGAAUAGAAAGAGCUAUUGGACAAAAACCUCACCGCUUUCUACGUAGAGGAAUCUUCUUUUCUCACAGAGAUAUGGACCAAAUCCUCGAUGCUUAUGAAAAUAAGAAGUCCUUUUACCUUUAUACAGGCAGAGGGCCAUCCUCUCAGGCAAUGCAUGUUGGUCAUCUUAUCCCAUUUAUAUUCACAAAGUGGCUGCAAGAAGUAUUUGAUGUUCCCUUAGUUAUACAGUUAACUGAUGAUGAGAAAUACCUUUGGAAGGACCUGACAACUGAAAGGGCAUAUGAGUAUUCUCGAGAAAAUGCAAGAGACAUCAUUGCCUGUGGUUUUGACAUUAAUAAAACCUUUAUAUUUUCUGAUUUAGACUAUUUGGGAACAAGUACUGGAUUCUACAAAAACAUCCUCAAAGUUCAGAAGCAUGUUACAUUUAACCAAGUGAAAGGAAUCUUUGGAUUUACUGACAGUGAUUGCAUUGGAAAGAUCAGCUUUCCUGCUAUUCAAGCUGCUCCAUCCUUCAGUUCAUCAUUUCCACAGAUUUUCAAUGGCAAGGAGAACAUUCAGUGUCUUAUCCCAUGUGCUAUUGAUCAGGAUCCUUAUUUUAGAAUGACCCGUGAUGUAGCACCUAGAAUCGGACAGCCUAAACCAGCCUUACUGCACUCAGUCUUCUUCCCAGCCCUGCAAGGAGCACAGACAAAAAUGAGUGCUAGCAACCCCAACUCUUCCAUCUUCCUCACCGAUACACCCAAACAAAUCAAAACAAAGAUUAACAAGCAUGCCUUCUCGGGAGGCAGAGAUACUGUUGAAGAGCACAGGAAGUACGGGGGUAACUGUGAUGUUGACGUAUCUUUUAUGUACCUGACUUUCUUCCUAGAAGAUGAUGACAGGCUUGAACAACUGAAGCAGGCAUACACAAGUGGGGAGUUGCUCACAGGGGAGCUGAAGAAGGUUCUUAUUGAAACAUUGCAGCCCUUGAUAGCAGCUCAUCAAGAGAGACGGAAGCAGGUCACAGAUGAAAUGGUGAAGCAAUUUAUGACUCCACGGAAGCUAGCUUUUGAAUUUUAAAAAAAGUGUAUGUACCUUACCACUUGAUAAACCAAAACUGAGUAAUUUUUGUCUUCUGUUGUAUGUCAUCACUCCCUAGUUAUGUAAAGCCUGCAAUCAGUGCUUUAUAAAUAUUGCUUUUAAUGAAUUAAUGACAAUGAAUGUCAGAGUACAGGAAAAGUUUAAAAUAAAACUCAUAUCUAUUUAAAAUCAGAAUACACAAGACAGAAUUGCCCAAUCUUGCAGAAAAGCAUGUCUGUCAGCACAACACUGUAUUUUACUGUAUUUCAUGUUGAAAAUAUAAAUAAAACUUCCACUUUGAUGAUAAAGCCUAACUUGUAAAUUGUUUUAGAUAUGUUGCUAGGAGGUUAUAUCUCAAACUAAUAACUAGGAGCUCCAUUUUCUCUUGUCCUGUGUACCUUGGUUUAGUAGACUGCAUGUCCUUUUGAGCUACUGGGAACAUGCUGCACACAAAAAGAUAGUGAAUGUUACGAAGUAGAUUACAUAGUGAUUUAGGCCUAGGAUCAGUACAGAAAGGAUGGAGACCUGUGAGUUGGACAUGGGAGAAAGAGUAUCGGGCUGGUUUUGCUAUCAUCUUCCUCUCUGACCUGGGGCAAGUGGUAGAAAUCUCUCUGUACUUUGUUGCUGCAGCUGUUUAACUGGUCUGACUGUCUCUGGAGGGAGAGGAGGUUAUCCCGAGAUUAUAAAGAUAGUAUAGAAAUGCAAAUUUUAGUUAUAAAAAAUACCAAGUGUUAAAUCAUGCUGUGAAAAUGCAGUCACUGCUGGACUCAAGGAUACUUCUAGUCUGUUCUGUUUUACUGCACCAAGUCAUUUAAUCUAAGGGUACUUAUUUUAAGAUGUAUUCCAGUGAGGAAAAUAUACUCUGUUAAAAUACCUCAUGUAAUAUUUAAUUACCUCCUUUCUUAAAAAGAACUUCAAUGUCUUUGCUAUGAUUUAUGGAAGAAAAAUUAUUAGCUAAUUUGUCUUAACAGUGCUGAAUGCAAACUGUUAGGUCUGUCUUGUAUUUAUGUAGAAUAGAAAGUUGCUAGCCCAGAUACAGGCUUAUCUAUAUCAAAUAAAAGUAACUUGGAUAACACAGGUGGGUACUGAUGUGUGGUAUUUGCAAAUCAUUUAAAAAUAUAAGGAAAGCACUUGAAUGAGAUAUGAAAGAUUUAAACUUUAACAGGUUCUGUACUGUGAGGCCUAGUGGACAUAUAUAAAUUGUAGCAUUCUAAAAAAAAUAAAUACAUAAAUAAAAGGAAAUUAAAAACCAAAAAAGCACACUUUUAAUUUGACUGUGAACCUUUGAAGUCAGCUGAUUACACUUGAGUUGAGGGAGAAGUUUCAAGGGUGAGACUUCUCAAUUACUUCAGCAGACCUUGAAUCAGCCUGUUAAUCCAUGAGAAUGUGCUGGGCUGCUUGUGCUGCCUGAAUGAAGCUGGUGCCCCUGCCUUCCCAGCCACAGCGGCUCUGUACCGCAGCGCACGCGUCCUCUCUAGCAGUGACCCGGAGAUGGGCGUGACUGGGUGCCAAGUUGUAUACGAAGUACCCAUGUUUAUGUUUGUGUAAGAAGCCAAGGAAAGACUGAGAUGCAAGGCAAAUUUAGUCCUACUGCAGGUGUUUCAAACUUGUCUUGAAAACAGCAGUGCUUAGCUUUUGUCUUUUCCUUUACAGUUUAUGUGAGCUGGCAUCGCUAAUCUAAGGCAUUGACUUCAAUGUAUUGAAGUAAAUGUUUCCCAACAAUUGUCUCCAUAACCCACAGACAUGGUAUCUGUAUGCUAACAAGUAUUUAACAAUCAGUAGAGAAGCCUUUUUUUGUUGCUUUUCCUUCAAAAAAGUGGUGGAGCAAUUCUUAGGAAAAAAAAAAAAUAGCUUCUUAAAUCCAGUAAUAAGUAAACUAAUUCUUGAUUACUGUAGACUUCAAUGAUGACCUUCCUGUUCUUGCAGUCCACUCUGUCAUCUUUAAACAAUAUAUAAAAGGUAAGACUUAAAUAGACUUUUAAAGGGCUUUUACAAACUCAUAAUGCAAAUUUCUUCUUUAAAAUAUUAUAUGCAAAUAUGUCCUGCAAGAUCUAUUUCAUUUAUUCAAGAAAGGGAAAUAUGCUGUAGGAGAAACAGUAGCGUGUUCUAUUCUAAAUAAGCAUAUGGGUUAAUCUUACAACACAGCAUUUAAAAUCUGUUUUGAAAGUUAUAGAAAGGAAAGCGAUAGCAAAAAUAUUUAGUAUGUGUUUACUCAGCAAGCACCUUACUCAAGUACUCUGAUGAAUUCUUAUAAACACGCUUCUGAAAUGAUACAGUUUCUUAGAGGAGUCCUGGCAAAUUCCUAAAUCUGUUGUAAUUACAAUUCAUGUCCCAGAGAUAUUUAAAAGACUAGACAAGGCAGUCUUCAAAACCACGUGUGAAAUGUCAAAGACUGUUAUCAGGCAAUGUUCGUUCAAUUUACUCAUAUUUUGUUCAUCUCACUGUAAUAAAAAUGUAGAUAAAACACUGUA